AUGGGUGGAAGAAGUUCAAAAAAAACUUUUACUGAAUGGGAUUUAAUUAAAUACAGUAAUAUGACAAAUAUUCCGUUAAUAACAGUAGAAAAUAUCUAUAAAGAUUUUAUGAAAGCAACAGGUAAUACAAAUAAAAUGGAUAAAAAUGAAUUUCGUCGUUUAUAUAAACAAAUGUAUAUCAGUCAACAAUCGAAUAAUACUGUUGUAUCUUUUCUUACUGAUCAAGAUUUAAAUAAAAUGUCAGAUCAUAUUUUUGAAAUCUAUGAUUAUGAUGCAUCAGGAAAAUUAACUUUUGAAGAAUUUGCUGAAAUAUAUUUAAUGCUUAAUCAUUAUGCUGGAACAUCACCAGAUGGCAGUUUACGUCAUGAUCGAUUUAAUUAUUUAUUGGAUAUAUAUGAUACAGAACCUCUUGAUUAUAUAACACGUGAACGUGCUCAACAAGUUUUUAAUUAUCUUAAUAAAUAUAACAAUUUAUCAAAUUUAAAUAAAAUAAAAUCUGACGAUAUUUCAUCGAAAACAUUAGAUAAUAAUUUUCAAGAUCAUUGGAAUAAAGUUGAUAUUGAUGGAGCUGGACGUGUAUCAAAAGAUAAAUUUAUUGAUUAUAUAAGCAAAUCAAACGAUUACAAACAUUAUUUUGAUCAAAACAAAAUUUAA